GGACACGUUAGUCCAUCAAAGCCGCGGUCUACGGGAUUUCUAUUUCAAAGCAACCCAAAGUCUUGAGUUUAUAUAUAUAUUAACCCAAUCACAGAUUCUGUCUUCUUCCUGUCUCUCUUCUCCCUUUAAAUUAAUCAACCCAGCCUAACUCUCGUAAAAUUUCCCAAACUUUUCAUCGUUUUCUGGGGCAAAUCAAUCCAAUUCUCCGAUGAGGCCGCAGAGAAGGCCAAUACACGCCGUCACGUCAUGGGUGCGCCGACAGCCGCCCAAGGUCAAGGCUUUUUUGGCCGUGGUGUUGGGGAUGGCGGCUCUCGUUUUCCUUAGAUUCAUCGUACAUGACCAUGACAGUCUCUUUAUCGCUGCUGAGGCUGUCCAUUCUAUCGGUAUCAUUGUCCUUAUAUAUAAGCUUAUGAAGGAGAGAACUUGCGCUGGACUAUCACUCAAGUCCCAGGAAUUGACAGCUAUGUUUUUAGCUGUCAGACUGUAUUGCAGCUUUGUGAUGGAAUAUGAUAUACAUACCGUACUUGACUUGGCUACAUUGGCAACAACUUUGUGGGUUAUUUAUAUGAUCCGUUUCAAAUUGAAGUCUAGUUAUAUGGAGGACAAAGAUAACUUUGCAAUAUAUUAUGUGGCGCUACCCUGUGCUAUUCUAGCACUUCUUAUUCAUCCAUCAACAUCUCAUAAUUUAGUGAACAGGAUUUUUUGGGCAUUCUGUGUAUACCUGGAAGCUGUAUCAGUGCUACCUCAGUUGCGGGUCAUGCAGAAUACAAAGAUAGUUGAACCAUUCACUGCUCAUUAUGUAUUUGCAUUGGGUGUUGCAAGGUUCUUGAGUUGUGCCCAUUGGGUUCUCCAGGUUUUAGAUAGUCGUGGACGCUUGCUGGUAGCCUUGGGGUAUGGAUUAUGGCCUUCUAUGGUUCUUUUGUCAGAAAUUGUCCAGACUUUCAUCUUAGCAGACUUCUGUUAUUAUUAUGUCAAGAGUGUGUUUGGAGGACGGCUUGUUCUCCGCCUUCCCUCAGGAGUGGUGUGACUGAAGAUCCUCAUCUGCUGUGGUCCUUGAGCAACAUUACCAUCCAAAAAUUAAUGUUUUUACGAAAUGCUGUUGCAAAAUUUUUCCCCCAUAAAGUUUUCUCCCUUGCUUUUAUGACCAGAGGUAAAGUAGGUCUUUUGUAAAUUUGGGGAUGCACAAACUCUGAUGGGUUUUUUUUUUAAUAUAUAUUUGAUACAUAAUUUUCUAGUUGGAUUAA